AACUCAAAAACAGAAGAGAGAAAGAAAAGAAAGAGAACGGCCGGUACAACGGCCUCCACUAACAGAGCUGAACUCUCUUCAUUCACACCUUUUAAUUUUUCCCUUUCAAUUCUUUUGACGACAAAAUCCAACACCAAACACCCACCUAAAAGGAAAAAUAUCACCUUCGCCAUUACUCCCAAUUUUACUUCCUUUUCACUUCUUUCUCUUAUCACUCCUCUUUCUCUCUCAUCCCAUCCUCAGAAUUUUCCACCAUUUUUGAAACUCAUUCUACAAUUUUAUCACCAACUGCAUUAAAUAAUUCGACUGAAUUCUCCAUUUUUGAAUAUAGUAUUACGUAAGAGUAAUCUUAACGCCAUUAUCACGCAUUUCAAUUUUUGGUCAUCUCUCCCAAUUAUUAUCCUCCAUUUUUCCGCAUCAUUCGUUUCGAAAUUCCGCUUCAAACAGAAGUUGAGCUGUAUAUGCUGAGAAAGCAAUUAUCAUUCAUCAUAAGAAGAAAUCAUGAGUUCGCAGUUGGAGAUUCAACCUCGUGAGCUCAAAUUCGCUGUUGAAUUGGAUAAACAGAGCAAGUGUACAGUUCGCCUCGUCAACAGAACUGACCAGUAUCUUGCCUUCAAGGUUAAGACUACAUCACCUAAGAAAUACUGUGUGCGGCCUAAUGUUGGUGUUAUUCAGCCAAAAUCAGUUCAUGAAUUCAUUGUCAUUAUGCAAGCUCUGAGAACAGCUCCAGCCGAUACAACAUGCAAGGACAAGUUCUUGGUUCAAAGCACAAUUGUCCAGGAAGGAACAGUGGAGGAGGACAUUACAUCUGAUAUGUUCGUGAAGGAUGGUGUGAGAUAUGUUGAAGAGAUUAAAAUGAGAGUGAAUCUUGUUUUACCACCACCACAAUCUCCGGAGCUGUUACCUAUUGAUGGAAUGCUGAAGCAGGCUGAUGAGAAUGGCGUGUCAAAAGCCGUAAACAAUGAGGAUUUGAAGCCAGUGAAGGAUGUCGACAUCGCUCAGCUUCAGGAUAAUGUAGAACCAAUAAAGAAGAUGAAAUUUGGAUCAAGCAAGGUUGUUGACUCAAUUAUUCCGAAAGAUGUGGAGUCACAACUCACGAAGGAAAUAGAACCAGUAAUUAGAAACGAUGUAGAAUCUAAAGUAAUUGAGUCAAGAAUUCCAGUGAGGGCGGAGGAUCAAAGACUGUUCAAGGAUGUUGAAGAAAUGAAAUCAAAACUACAUGAACUUGAGUUGAAGCUAAGCAAGGCAGAAGUGACCAUCUCGAAUCUGACUGAAGAGAGGAGAGUUGUCAUUCAAGAGAGGGAGUCACUGAAACAGGAAAUGGGUUUUCUAAGAACGAGAAAAGUAGAAAGAAGAGUACAGGAUGGAUUUCCACUUCUGUUUGUCUGCAUGGUAGCACUCAUCAGUCUUAUAGCCGGGUAUGGCUUUCAUCCCUGAGAAACCAAUAUCUGAGCAUGAUCGACACUCUUAUCCUCUUCUGCCCUUAAAUACUUACAAUAGACGAGGCUUGACCUGAGAUUGUAGCUUUGGUAACCAAGAGAUAUUGUGUAUAUGUUAGAUUUUCAAGGUCAUAUUAUUUGUACAUGAGUGACAUACAUCCCCCCACCCCCCACCCCCCACCCCCAAAUAGUACUCGUGAGAUGAUGCGAACAUUCAUAUAGUAUAUGGACAGAUGAUGGUUGUGUGUGUGGAUACUUUAAAUAGAUGCAUGUUUUGGCCUCUUUUCGCAAAUGUUAAGUGUAACAAGUACAUUGUUAGGAUCCAAUCUCCUGGUCCUUGGGAUCGAAUUGAAUGUCGAGAACUUAUAAUUGGUAUCCAUUGUUUCUUUUCAGUC